AUGAAUCCAGAUUUAAAACUACCAGUCCCUAGGCUGGUGAGACACCCCGCGGGGCUUGGGCUGCCGGCCCGGGCUCCGGCUGGUGCGGAGGGGAGUCGGGGCCCGGUCAGGGGGCGGGAGGGGUGCGGGGAAGUGACUCCCCUCGCCGGCGCCGGCCGGGGUGUCGCUGCGCGCUGGGAGCCGCGUGAAGGGCGCCCCUCAACCCCGAGGCACAGGCGCAUUUCAAAGGGAAAGCGACCAGCCCCCCCACUGGCUCGAAUUUCGAGAAGCCAGCGCAGUCGGUGCCCUAAAUCCCGAGACAGAACCCCUGUAAAAAGCGCUGCCCGGGCCGUUCCACUCCCCCUUUUUGGUUUGCGUUUGGAAGAACCGGUCCCUCCACCCCGCGUCGCCGAAGUUGGGACCCGAGUAAGUGCAACGUCCCCACCCCCCAUCCCCCGAGCGCCCCGGCGUCUCGUGCCACCUUCGCCCGCGGCACCCGCCGGGGCCUGCUGGAGGGGGCGCGGGCACUCGGGCACUCGGUGCCGAACCCCAAUCCGACCUUGGGGCUGGGACGCAGAGGCUGGGAGCACCGCGGGCCGCCGCCCCUCGCCUCCCCAGCCCGGGCCCGAGGUGCAGGAGCCCGCGCCUGGCACACCCCAGCCGGCCCCGCGGCGUGGCACCGCCACCCGUACACCAAGCCACCGGGUAGGGCGCGGCCCCACGCCCUAUAACUGGGGACGCCCGUCGGGGCGCGCUUCGGCUAGUGGCCGGUGUGGCCCACCUCCUGCAUGGCCCCCCCAGCCUCACCCCCGCGACUCCCCACCCCUGGCUGGCAGCAUUAGGGCGCAGCACGUGGAGAGAUACAUCCCAGGCCGGUUUGUUUUCCUUCGGGGAGGUGGUGACUGA